AUUACUCCAAAUCGAAACUAAAGCGACGAAGAAGAAGCAACAGCAGCGCAGCGCCUUUCAAUCAAAAUGGCGAACCACGAACGCAAUCGGAGAAACUACCGCGACGACGGAGGGCCGCUGGAGGAGGGAGGCAGAGUGAAAACUAAGCCUGUCUCUUGUAGCACGGUGGGCGGAGGAGCGAGCAAACUCAAACGCACAUCCCAGCAUUUUUCGUCCGAGGAUGAGGACGAAACGUCGUCAGACCCUCCAGCGCCCCGCAAAGCCUCCAAAAUAGGCUUCGGCGUAAGCAGCAACGCCGAGAAAAAGGCGAAUCCUAUAUCCAUCAAGCUUGGAGCGAGCAAACCCAAAGAGCCUGUGCCAACGGCGCCUCCAAAAAAGGUCGGACUGGCUUCGGUUUUCAACGAGGAUGAUGAUAGUGAGCCUGAGGAGAUGCCACCAGAAGCAAAGAUGAGGAUGAAGAACAUCGGCAGGGAGACGCCGACCUCAGCAGGACCGAAUUCCUUUAACAAGGGCAAGCAGGGUUUCUGUGAUCAUCAAAAACUUUGGGAAAGGAAGCAGAAGACACAAGAAGAUAAAGAGUGAACCAAACCCAAAACUUUUUUGUUUAUUUUUAUGGGCCACUUCGGUCUUCUUCCAUAAAGUCUUCAAAUAUAAGAUCUGUGAAGCUUACUUGAAGCCUUUUAGGAUUCUCUGUCAACAACCAUGCAGCUGUGUACUGUCAAAUGUGUUAACCCUGCUGCACAUUAUAUCUUAACGGCCACUAAAAAAGGUUCACUGCUCCUUUUUUUUCAUUUGUGUAGCUAGUGAGGCAUACUUCGCAGAUGUGUGUAUAUAGACGUGUGAUUGAGUUUGUUUUAUCCGUUGUAGUAUGCAGAUUACUCUCAAAAGAGGAAAAAAUGUAUCACAUUCAAGCUUCAAUGUAAAAAUUUAGUUUUGUUACUCAUAAGAAGACGUCCAUAAUAAAUACUGUAUUUUCUGGACUAUAAUCAGCUCUGGAGUAUAAAUCAAACUAGUUUAAAAAAUGAGGCAGACAAAGAAAAAAAUAGAUGAAUUGCACCGGACUGUAAAUCAAACUUCGGGAGGAAAAUGUAGCAUAUUUUGUUCACCAUUUGUCACCAAGUAGCUCAAAAGCAAUGUAGUGUUACCCAGGGCUGUCAACAGACUUGCAGGGGGCCGGGGACAAAAGACCAUUAUAGGGCCCACCCCUGCCACCGUCUUGUCACGACAACAUACGCAGUACUUUUAACGCUUUGCAAGCAAUAACAGUUUAGAUUUUCAAAUUAUUUGAGAUGGACAGUUAAAUUUAACAGACCGUAAUAUGAUGUGACACAAUAUAAACAAUUUCCAUCUAUUGUCCCAUGUAGGCCACAAUACAAUACAACUGAGAGUGCUAUGUCUGCCUGCUAAGCAACAAAACAGUAUUACUAAACACAGAGCAUUUGCUAUAAUACACAGUGGGUUGUAAACCUAAGAUAAAUCCAGCCACCUGACCAGAGUCUGUUCAGCUUCGCGCACCUGCUCCCCACAAACUAACAUAUAUCCCUGAUCUCCCAUCACCUUCUCUCUCCACUGCUCAACGCGAGCAGCAUGUCUUGUCAUACCGCAGCUCAAUGGGCUACAAGCGGCCGGUGACAGACUUGAAUCGGGCCUUGGUCACGGUGAUCGCGAAUGUAAACGUUCAGUUUUAGCGGCUGUUGUUCACCAGUGUUGUUAAUCUUACUUUCAAAAAGUAAUUAAUUACAGUUACAAAUGACGUCUCCCCAAUAGUAAUUGAGUUAGCAACUCAGUUACUAGAAUGUAAGAGUAAUUAGUUACUUGGCAAAGUAACUGGGUUUACAUUUCAUGUUUUGUUUUCCCCCAUUAAAAAAAAAAAGCAUAGGUCACACUAUUGGAAGUUCAGUUCUUUAGCCUAAACUUAACUAGACAUAGGGGUAUUGUGGAUAUUGCGAUAACUAGAUAGUAACCUUUGCUAUGUUUGGAAAUCCUUUAAUGUUGUGAAUAAACUGUUGAAGUUUUUAAAAUUGCUCCCGUUAUUGCAUUAGUUCCCUUCUGUCUACUUUCUACACGUGAAAGUUUUAAAAUGGUUUCAUCUCUUAAAGAUAGAUUGAAGUCAAGAUUUUGCCGAUUUAGGAGUGUUUUAGAUAAAAAGUUACUGAGGUUCGCUAGGAAGGUUCUCUACAACAGAGCCUUUCUGAGAAGUCUACUGCUUUAAGAUGGCGGCUGUUUACUAACGCCAGCAAGUGUAUCAUCUAGCAUCUACUUCCUUAUACAGUUGCAUCUAGUUCAUAUACAUGUGAUAUCUAGCGUAGCAUCGCGUUUGCAACGGUCUCACAACUCCCUCUUUCCCACUCCCGCUCUUCUCUGUGUCUUGCAAACUUUUCUCGCAUCAUUCAACCAACGUAGGAACGCAAAGUAACGCACGCCUUUACAUCCUCAGUAACGGUGUUGCAAAGAUGAGAAAAGUAAUUAAUUAGGUUACUCACUACUGAAAAAAAAUAACACCGUUAGUAACGCUGUCACACGCUAACGCCGUUACUAACAACACUUUUGUUCACUUACCAACAUCAACGUCCACAACCAUUUCUAGCCCUUAUUCUCUGGCUUCUUGUCCCCCUUUUUUAAAACUUCAUCAUUUUUUCUCGUUCACCUCUAUGAUCUUCAUCUCUUUUUUUUUUUUUUUAAUUUCUUUUCUGUGCACCCGAUUUAUGACGACUCGCCAUGUUUAGAGUUUAUAACAAUGACAAAUUGUAAUUUCCCGCUUCAGGGCAUGUAGGUAGUGUAGCCUUGAGUGCGCAAGAGCGGGGUCAAACCAUUCUCUGCUAAGACGGGGGGGGGGGGGGUAAUAAUAUUUGAAAUAUUUAAUAUGUUAAAAUUCUUAAGUAUUAUUCGAGUAGAACAUAAUAUUUAAUCAGACAAUGAUUUAAAUAAAAAAUAUGUGAAUGUAAUGUAAAAUACAUUAAGGGUCAUUCAGGUCUAUCGGGUCUAUGGUCCUGAGGCCCGGGACAACAUACCCGGUCACCCCCCCCCCCCCGUCGACGGGCUUGGUUGUACCUCAGCAACAAAAGGGCAGUUUAAAUGAAUUGAAUGCUUGCUAAAACCACAGUAUUGCCAUCGCGUUGCACACGGUCACGCAUAACUGUGCUACUGCUAGUGCUAACUUAUCCACCCUUUAGCUUAGCAAACUACUACGUCAGCUCAACAAUGGCUUCUUUGUCUGCUUUCUUCAACUCUUACAGCACGCACACAGCUUUUAACUCAUGGCUAUUAAUAAGCUCAUCAACGGUCCUGUUAGCUGAGCUUAGCUGUAGCAGCUUCCAAUUCUCUAUAUUAGCUCUCAGCUUCCAUUAUAGUUCCAUCCAGUGUUUGAAAGUCAUGCAGGUAACCUCCAAAACGUUCCGUGUAUCUUCCGUUCUUUGCUAUAGCCACAUAUCUCCCUUCACGUGGUUUCAGAGACGAUAAUCCUUUAUAAUCAUUAUUGUACUGCUUUGGUUAGAUCUAAAUAUAGUCUGUACUGUUAGAACACGAACAUUUUUUGGCCUCAUUAUCACAAGCCAAGCGCGCGUUCUCGCGGCUAGUUAUGGUUAAUGAUUACUUCAUGCUCCAAGUCGCAGGCUCAGCCAAAGACUGAAAAAAAUGCGACGCAUAGUCCGGAAAAUACAGUACACAGUUGCCCUCAAACGUUGGUAAAAUCAAGGUUCUGCAGUACUUUCAGUCCAAAUGAGACUGAAAGAUUUUUGUUUUUUGUCAAGUGUGCCAAGUUUUCCAUCCACCUCCCUCUCUAGUAUUUUAGCCUUUACUCGCUUUGUGAAAAUAAAUCAUGAAACAGCUUGUUUUUUUGGUCGCUCAAAAGCUGUAAUCAUUUUCACUGUCAUUUUGCAAAUAUUUGUCCCAUAAAUACUUGAGUAUAUAAAUAACACAGUACUAGCGAGCUUGUUCGUACAAUGAAGAACAAAAUUAAUCCUGUCGAGCGUUAGGCUUAGUGCUCACUAUGGCAAAAUGUGCUUUUACAUCCUUUCCGUCACCUGCAAUUUUAGUUUUAGUUAAAUAUUUGAAAGUCACAAUUUCUUGCAAAACAAACAUGUUUGAAUGGACACUUCAAUAAAGUUUGGAAAAUA